AAGAAAGAAAGAAAGUUGGGGCGGAUACGUCGUUGAUAUGGGUUUGAUGACAUGUGUUUGGCGGCCACAAUACGUCAGCUUGCCUCAAGUUUCCGUGGCCCAGAAUCAUAUUUGGUGCACCACCAGCAAUCUCCGCAGCAGCGCUUGCUCUCCGUUUCAGAUUCUUUCACAACUCGUGCUUACCGUCUGCUGCAGUCAUGGACAAUUACGAGGCAAUUCAGGCCCUACAUAAUUCACUGCCUCCAUUCUCACCUUAUGUGCCCGCGUCACUUCUGCCGUCUAUAGCUCUAAUCCUCUUGGCAUCAACGUUCGUUCUUGCAUUCUACUUUUCAACCCUUCCAAAAGACACGUUCCCACUACGCGAGACCGCGGUGGCAUCAUUAGCAAGUGUCCUCGGUGGUUUCGGAGUUGUUGCCCUGUUCUGUAGUGCUGGAGUGAACGUGUAGGCAUCCGUGUUUGCAAGAGACACAC